AUGAUCAACGAAGUCGACAUGGAUGGCAAUGGUCAAAUAGAGUUUCCUGAGUUUUGUGUGAUGAUGAAACGAAUGAUGAAAGAAACCGACUCAGAGAUGAUCCGUGAAGCAUUCCGUGUAUUCGACAAGGACGGGUCUGCUUGA